GCGGUUUGUGAACGAUGAUCAGUUAAUCAGUUUGUCAGUGUGAGCCUGAUGGUGCGGUCGUGCUAGUAGAUAAAUUGUUUUACUAUAUUUUGUUUAUUAUGUGGAGCAAAAAUGCGGUGAACGCUUCGAGAUUAAGUAGCGUUGUUAAUAAAAGAUGGAAAAGUCACAUUCAGGCAGCUGCUGGACAGAGUUAUCUAAAGCACCCGGGAACCGAACCACUGAAACAGACGACCCUUGGCGAAGUGAUCGCCAAGUCCGUUAACAAAUACCCCGACAGGGUCGCCAUCAGAUCUGUGCAUGAAGAUGUGACUAUUACUUACGCAGAAUUGUUGAGACAGGCAGACUCUCUAGCAUGUGCCCUCCGCGCCCAGGGUCUGAAGAAGGGUGACCGGCUGGGCUUGUGGUCGCACAACUGUUCCUCAUGGCUUGUCGCCCUGGUAGCCGCUUCCAGAGCUGGAUUGAUUUCUGUGUUACUGAAUCCAAUCUACGAGAAUCGAGAACUGAGUUUUUGCAUCAAAAAGACUGGAAUAAAAAGCUUGUUGAUAGGUGAAAAAACUCAAAGGAAGAACUAUUACGAGUCGCUCUCGCAAAUGAUACCAGAGCUGGAGAACAGUAAGCCGUUCUCUCUGCAGUCCAGCGAGUUCCCCACUUUGAACUCUGUGAUCAGCAUCGGAAAGGACCAUCUCGCGGGAACAACCUCCUUCAAUUCACUAGUAUCGGGCUCAGGCAGUCAGAUCUCUCGAUACACCUUUGAAAUCAAGCCGAGUGAUGGCACCCUUAUUCUUCUGACGUCGGGUACCACAGGGGACCCCAAGGCAGCUCUGAAUUCCCAUCUCGGAGUUGUGAACAACACAUACUUCAUAGGCAAAAGGAAUAUUCUAGACCAGGCUCACCAAACCGUUCUCGUGCAGGCGCCGUUUUUCCAUGCUCUGGGCUGUAUAGUGACAAGCCUGAGUGGUCUACAGCACGGCAGCACACUGGUGUUGCCAGCUCCCUUCUACAAUGUUAACGAUAACCUCAAUGCUUUGUUAGCGGAGAAAUGCACAAUAGUGACGGGCACACCAACUAUGUACGUGGACAUGUUAGCGCGGCUCAAGUCUCUGGGCGCUACGCCCUCGGGUCUGCGCGUGGCGAUGGCGGCCGGAGCGCCCUGCAGUCCACAGCUUAUUAGAGACAUGCAGACAGAGCUUAAGGCGGAGGCUGUUACUUGCCUCUAUGGAUUGUCAGAGACCGUGGCGUGUAACUUCCAAAGUGUUCCGGGUGACAGCACUGAUGUGGUAGCAGAGACUGUUGGCUGCUUGCAUGAUCAUAAUGAAGCUAAGGUAGUAGACGACAACGGCGAGAUGGUACCGUUUGGCAAACCUGGCGAGUUGCUGGUGAGGGGAUACAACAACAUGAUCGGUUACUGGGACGAGCCCAAGAAGACCAGUGAGACCAUCAACAAAGACGGCUGGUUGUAUACUGGAGAUAAGUUCACAAUAAGUGAGGACGGGUACGGCCGCGUGGUGGGCCGGUUGAAGGACAUUAUAGUACGAGGAGGGGAGAAUAUUGCGCCUAAAGAGAUUGAAGACUGGUUGAAUACUCACCCUGAUAUUAAGGAUAGUCAGGUCGUUGGAGUAUCAGACGAGCGUCUAGGCGAGGACCUUUGCGCAGUACUCCGAGUAAAAGAAGGUGCCACAGUCACCAUAGACGACAUCAAAAAACAUUGCGAGGGUCGGUUGGCGCGGUUCAAGAUACCCAGACUCAUGAAGGUCAUUGACGAGUUCCCGAAAACGGCUUCAGGAAAAAUACAAAAACAUCGUAUUAAAGACCUCAUCGAAACUGGUAAAUUGUAGGUUUAUGUAAAUAUGUAGAUUUUAUUGUACUUGUAUUAUAAAUCGCUGAAUUAUUAUGUAAAUAUUAUUGUUUGUUUGUAAGGUUUUUUUUUGUGGUUUUAUCAAAGAUAAAAUCAUGUAAAUUAAGUAAGUAUUUGAAAAUGGAGCUCUGAGCCACUCAAAGCUGACAGUUGCAUAAUUCUUUAUAUACUGUACUUUGUACACAUAUAUUUUAGUAAAAUAUUAUAAUAGUGUAGGUAAUAAAAAUUACAAAUGUUAUUUGUUGUUGAACAAAAAACCAACAUUGUGAUAUAUGUAUUGCCAAAUUAAUGUCCAAUUUAUGAACUAAAACGAAAAAAAGUGUAAGAAAAUAAUUAUUAUGUGUAAGAUAAGAAUAAAUAAAAGAAACAUAAUUUUAUUAUUAACAUAA